AUGUCUCCCUCCGUCGUGACGAUCGAUAAUACCUCGGACUUUGCCUCGGCCGCCCCCAACCCGCUUUCGAACGGCCCCUCUGCUGCCCGAACCCUCCUCCUUGCCCCGCCAAGCAUCGCGAGCCACGAGGAAAAGCUACGCCAUGUCUUAGCCGCCCACGACCGAACCGUCACAGACCUACAGAUGCUUGACCGCCUAUCUGCUGGUCUGGUGAACCUCCCUGAUGCCACAUACGAUCUCAUUCUGGUUCUGACAGACGCCGACGGGACACGGGCCGAGUCGACUUCCCUACUGAGCCGAGACGUCUUUGCCAAAAUCGUGGCAACACUCAAGGUCGCCGGCAGGGUACAAGCACAAGACGGAUCGCUAGUACUGGGCAGUGAGACCGCUGAUGCGCGAGAGGCCUUGCUGGCUGGACUGCAGCCAGGGGCAGAUGGUUUCACGAAGGCCGACGACGAUGCUGGGGAUGCCGUGCCUCUGAAGCCAGGUUUCGGCAAGAACAAGAAGAGAAGCGCUGCCGGGCCUGCUGUUCCGAGUGUGACGGUCCAUCAAGCCAAUGGGAAGGAUACCAGCCUGAAUAUGGUACCGCCUGCUGCCAAGCCAACCGGUGUAGGCUUCGUGGAUUUCAGCGAUGACUUUGGCAUACCGGAGGAUGACGACGACGAAUUGAUUGAUGAGGAUACGCUUUUGACGGAGGAAGAUCUCAACAGACCACUUGCUAUUCCCGCUGAGUGCGUUCCGAAGGUCGGAAAACGCCGGCGUGCCUGCAAAGACUGCACUUGUGGAUUGGCGCAAAAGAUAGCUGCCGAAGACAAGGCCAAGAGGAACGACGCAGACGCCAAACUCGAGGCCAUCAAGCUUGGUUCCGAGGAUCUGAAUGAAGUGGACUUCACAGUCCAAGGCAAGACCGGAUCUUGCGGCAACUGCAGUCUGGGUGACGCGUUCAGAUGUGAUGGUUGUCCGUAUAUCGGUCUUCCUGCAUUCAAACCAGGCGAGGAGGUGACAAUCCUCAACAAUGACGUGCAGUUGUGA